ACCGGUCAGAACAGAGAGUUUCAGGAUGUCAAACCACAAAGGUGAUUUCAUAUUUUAACAUUCUUCUGUUUGCAAUAUUACCCUGUUGGAUCCUAUUGAGCAGAAGAGCUUCACUAGUGUUUUUAAUUAAUUAUUUUUUUCCUUUGCUUUCUUGAAUGCAGAACUGCAGAUUAUAUUUAUCUGCUCUAGUUAUAGAUGACUUUUUGACUGUUACGAGGUCCUGUCUAGAAUAUCAAUGUCUCCUCUCAACGUUUGUUUUAUUAAAAUAAGCUACACCAUUCUAGUCUUCAAAAGCUUGUUAAGAAUUUUGAAAAGAAUUAUUUUAUAAAUAAAAGAGUGGCUAUUAAUUACAACAAAUGACUGUAUACUGCAUUAAGCCAAGCAACAAAGGAAAGCACUGAGGUUUCCCUGGAGGAACCCCCAGUUUCAGAGUGAGAAGGGCAGCACAUACAUUUAAUAAACAAAUGCUUAUAAUCCAAAUCCAAAGCACAAAGAGGAGCGACGUGGGGGGCAGAUGCAUCUUGCCCUCCCAUUCCUUCAGCCUUCUGGUCCAGGCCCUGAGCAGGGGAUGAGGCCGCCUUGGAGUCCUUGGCACAGCUUCUUUCCUCUCCGGCCACCGUGGCCAGAGGACGCGGCUGGGCCUGCCCCUCUCUAGCCGUUCUGAGCCCAUUUCGCAGAAACUUCCUUAGAGCAGCUGCCCAAAGAUGCCACCCAGCCAGCCAGGCUGCUUCAAGGCAGGCGUGGCAGAGAAGCCAUGCCAACACAGAAAAUUUGCCCACUACAGGAGGGGAAUCGAGCCUCCACAGGCGGGUCUGGGCUCCAGGGGUUCACAAGGCAAGGGGUUUCGCUUAAGAGCUCCUAGUUUCCUUGAAAUGGGGAGACACUUACAGAAUAGCUAACCUGAGGCUGGUGGGAUCUCACCUCAUCAACGAGGCCACCAGCCCCCUUCUCAGGACAUCCCCACAAAAGGCUCCGUGAAGCAGCAGGUGCCAGCACUCUCUUGCUCCAGCCUGCUCGCCUCUUAGCUGUCCCGCCAUUUUCUGUACCAUCUCCUGUUCUAAGGAUGAACCUCCAGGGCCUCAGAGAUAACUAAGCCUUGCCAAAGGACAACACAGCAUCGCACAAAGGCCAAAACAAAACAGCGGGAGCGUUUCUUUUGGCCUAAACUAUCUGUCCAAAGAAGGACCCCUCGGCUUUGUGUUCCCUUGGACACUCUCGGUGGGCUGAAAUCAACUUGUCAUAUGUAACGCCUCCUCCCUAAUGUCAAACACUAAAAUUCAGUGAAGAGGUAGGGGUAUCCAAGGUAGCACAUUCUUACACACAACACUGUAUUAAGCCAUGGUUUGCUUAACUAUGAUUUGUUGUACAGAUCAGUGGUCUGGAUCACACAAGAGGCUAACCAUAAAAUGGGGUGGGCAACACAGAGACCACGUGUGCAGCAGACUCUUGGAUGAUGCUGCCCAAAUUCAGAACUGUGAUGCAAUUAACUAGGCUCCAAUAUGGCUUUACGAGUAGUGUGCACCAGCCUAUAUUUUCACAUUCACUAUGCUGAACAAAGGCUAAGCUCUGGUCCCUUGGGGUGAACCUGACAUGGUUGGACAUCUUUUGGGCCAACACUAAAUUUUGAAGAGUGUGCUGUGGCUUACUCAACAAAUUGAGUGCAGCCUCAAUAAAAGCUAAUGCAGAUUUAAUUUAAUGUUAAUUAGAAUUAUGUUCACUCAACAAACAAGGUAUUGCUAAGACAAACACCAUCAUUCAUUUAAUUUAAAUUUGGUUUAAUUAAUUAAACGCAGUCAUGGGGUUAUUCUCUACAUUUUGCCCUUCAGCCACAUUAAGAAUCUCUGUGGCAGCAAAUUUUAGAAGAACUCCUGGGGGUGAGAGAGCAAUUUGUGAGAUGCUGAGCCUGAGAAGCUGAUUCUUCUCUUCCCCCUUGAAGUCCAGCUGCCAAGUGGAUUCCCAGAGGAUUCUCCAAAUGGAAGCAGGGAGCUCAAGCCAACCAGGUUAGCGAAAUCUGAUCCUGAGAGCCCAUUUGCUCCCCGCUAACAUCCCACCCAGAAACAGAAAUCCGAGGAGAAGAGAGGAACAAAAUCAAAAUCAAGAACGGCAAUGAAUCUCAACAUGCCGUAGAAGCCUCAAGGAGCAUCAGGUUCUUCUUCACCAAACGUCUUUUGGUGGUCCACCUUUCUCUUCUCACUCAUGCUAAUUUGUUCAGAUUUUCAUCUGGCUCUUAAUUGUAUAUAUUGGGCACAGAAGUAUCAGUCGGGUGAUCAAAAGAGCACUAAAAUUUCUAAUCUGGGGAUAGACUGUGAAGGAUUUUUAAGUAAAAGUGGCAAAGCCUGUGUUGGAAUAAGAUGAAAAAAUGUAUGUCUGAUAAAUCAUUUAUAACUAUACAUAGUUUAUAAAUACUUCAAUUAACAGAAGCCAACACAGAGUUAUCAUAGAUGACACAGGUGCAAGGGAGGGCUAAUAUUUUGGACGACAGAAGAUUCAAAAAGAUCUGGGCAGCCUCAAAGGAAUUUAACAGAAGAAUUUAAACAGGAUGGAAUUUAACAGAAGAAAGGCACAAGAUGUGGGGAAACCUGGCUUGGCAGGACAAGGGGGGACAGGCAUCUGAGCCAGCCGCAUGACGUAGCUGCCACAAGGGCAAAGGAAAUCUUGCAAUGCCUCAAUUGGUGCACAGAGUCCAGAUCCCAGGAAGGAACUGUUCCUCUCCCCUUGGUCCCUCUGCCCAGGUCAGACCCCAGGGAGAGCAUUGUGGUCCAAUUCUGGGCAUCAGGAGGGACAGUGAAAAGCUGGAGUUCAGGGGUUAGGGUUACUAAGCCUGAGGAGAGUCAGUUAAAGGAUCUGGGCAUGUUUGGCCUGCAGAAUAGAUGACUGCAGCACAAGAGCAGCCACACAGAAGAGGAAAUAGACUUGUCUAUUGCACAACCAGAACUGCUAGAUUAAAAUUACAAAGAAAGAGAUGGAUUUCCUGAGUUCACAAGCGGCGGGCCGGUGGAGCAAGCUAUUUUCAGAGAUGGCCUGUUGGUAAGAGGGGACACUAGAGGACUAGGCAUGGAGAGAACUCAAGUAAACGUGCACCACGUCCUGAGAAAGAGGGGAAGAUCUAAAGGUCCAAAAAAAGACAAAAAGUUACCAAAGCCCCUCAUGCCCACUGAUCUAUUUUUCUCUCUUCCAGGGCCUGUCAAGGCAACUACCAUGGAAAGGCUGCUUCUGAUCCAGCUUCUGAUGGUGGGGAGCACCUUAGCUCAGGUGGAGUCCUGCCCCUUUCACUGCGUCUGCCAAAACCUCUCCGACUCGCUCAGCACCCUCUGUGCCAACAAAGGGCUUCUCUUCAUUCCGCCCAACAUAGACCGGCGGACAGUGGAGCUGCGUCUGGCUGACAAUUUCAUCCGGGUGGUGGAAGCCCCGGACUUUCUGAACAUGACGGGCCUCGUGGAUCUCACCCUCUCGCGGAACACCAUCGACACCCUCCGGCCCUUUGCGUUUGGGGACCUGGAGAGCCUCCGUUCGCUCCACCUGGACAGCAAUCGGCUGACAGAGAUCAGGGAGGAGGCUCUGCGGGGAAUGCUGAACCUCCAGCAUCUCAUCCUGAGUAACAACCAGCUGGUCAAUAUCUCUGGGGCUGCUUUUGAUGACUUUCUCUUGACUCUGGAAGACCUGGAUUUGUCCUACAACAACCUGCGCAGCGUCCCUUGGGAGGGCAUCCAAGGGAUGUUUUGCCUGCACACCCUGAACCUGGAUCAUAACCUAAUUGACUUCAUUAUGGAAGGAAGCUUUGAUGAACUCUACAAACUCUCACGGCUGGACAUGACUUCCAAUCGCCUUUCCACACUGCCCCCUGACCCACUGUUUGCCCGCUCCCAGAUUGGGGCCAUCAGCCCAACCCCUUACACAGCCACCAUCAUGCUCAGCUUCGGGGGAAAUCCUUUGCACUGCAACUGUGAGUUGCUAUGGCUGCGGCGUUUGGCGCGAGAGGAUGACAUGGAGACCUGUGCUUCUCCCCAACACGUGGCUGGCCGGUAUUUCUGGUCUGUGCCAGAGGAGGACUUCACCUGCGAGCCCCCUCUCAUCACUCGGCACACCCACAGGCUAUGGAUCUUGGAGGGCCAAAGGGCCACCCUGAGGUGCAGAGCCCGCGGAGACCCCGAGCCAGUCAUCCACUGGGUCUCCCCUGAUGACAAAAUCAUUGCCAACUCCUCCAGGACCAUUUCAUUCCGCAACGGCACCCUUGACCUUUUGGUGACCACCAUUCGUGAUGAUGGGGCCUACACCUGCAUCGCUGUCAAUGCUGCUGGGGAGUCGACAGCCACCGUGGACCUCAAAAUCAUCCCCUUGCCUCAUCGAGGGAACGGCAGCAUCACGGUGCUGCAGCAGGAUCCAGGCUCCUCCGACAUUGCCACCUCAGCCAAGAGCUCUGCCAACGCCACCCAAGAGGCUUCUGAGAAGAGAGUGGAGGUGCUGGAGGUGACUGCCACAUCAGCCCUGGUGCGCUGGCUGGCAGAUAAGUCGACCUACAUGGCCUGGAUGUAUCAGAUCCAGUACAACUGCACUGCGGACAAUGCGCUUGUUUACAGGAUCAUCCCUGCCAGCAGCCAGGACUUCCUUCUUAAGCACCUCGUGUCGAGCAUGGAUUAUGACCUGUGCAUCUUAGCUAUCUUUGAUGAUCUGGCCACCUCCCUGGCUGCCACCCACCUGUUGGGCUGUGCCCAAUUUACCACGCAGGAAGCCUACCCAGACUGCCAUUCGCUGCACGUCCACUUCCUAGGGGGGGCCCUGACGGUGACGGUGGGAGGCAUCAUCGUGGCUUCCUUGCUGGUCUUCACAGGAGUCAUGAUGGUGAAGUACAAAGUCUGUGGCAGUGUCCACGGGAGCCUGCCCAGAGUCAGCAACGUGCACUCACAGACCAAUGGCGGACAUCCAAAUGGCCUGCUGCCCCAGCGGACACCCCCCAGGGAGCGCCAGCAGGGCUGGGCCAAGGCGGGAGCAGCUGAGGGUGCAGAGCGUCGGAUGGGAGGGGCUGCCCGGGGGGCCCUGGCCUCGGCCAAAGCCAGGCGCAGCAGCUCCCUGGACAUGGGAGACACCUCCUCCAGCGCCUGCUAUAGCUACGCCAAGCGUCUGAGCUUCAUGUGGGCCAAACGCAGCCAGUCAGUCCAUGGGAGGCUGGCACAGGGCACCUCCUUUGAAGACAGCAGCAGCGUGCGGCCUGGACCCUUCCUCAAUGUGGAUAAAUUGGAGGAAAGCGUGGUAUAGUCCUCAUGGGGGAGGACUGGCGUCCUACCCCUAAAGAAUCUGGGACAGUGAGACCCAACGUGGAGGCCCACGGAGGGCAGGAGCCGAUGGACAGCAGAUGCUGGCCUUGCUUCAGUUGAUUGAACAAAGCCGCCCACGUACAGGCCAGCCUUGCUGACCAGGCCAUGCCAUGCCCAGAGCACAGCACCCGAGCCAGCCAGGCUCGGGCUGAGACCUCCUGCAAGCUGGGGAGGGAGAGAAAGAGGAGGAGAGGCUUGGAAACAGCUUUUUCCUCUGCAUUUUGCAGCUGACUAAUUGAGGUGCAAAUAUAGUGACCUGAAUUCAAGAAUCAAUUAUUCUGAAGAGGAAAAGAAGACAGCUUUUAAAGGAAAAAGAAAACAGUUGCCAAAAGAGAGCAAGAACAUACUGUUCAAUAAGUCUAAGUCAUCAAGGAUUCAAAGACAGGAGAGUUAAUACAGAAAUGAAGCCUUCGGGCAGGAUUGGGGUGUAAUCUGUGUUAAAACAGAGGCGUGAAGGCUGGAGGUUGGGGGUGGGGAAUUCAAAAUUCAUGUUAAAGGCAAAUUCUGUACCUGGCAUUUAAUGACCUCUAUAAAUGUCCAUAUAUGUAUCUCUUUUGGCAUAAGUGUUACUGUUGUUGUGCAAUGGGGAGAGAGUUCUCCCCUCUACAU